AUGGGGGUAGCAGAUUCACCGGAUCUUGCUAAUCUCUAUGGGGCGUAUUUUGAGACAAAAAAUAAAGUUCUUGAAAAUCCAGCCAUAGCUUUUUAUGGCAAAUACAUCGAUGACUGUCUCGCUAUUGUUUAUGCAGAAAGUGAACAAGAAGCACUUCAAAAAGUCGAGAAUAUUGUCAAAUUUGAUGAAUGUGUUAUUGAGUGGAAUGUCAGCGCCUCUUGGCAACCGUUUCUAGACAUGGCGUUAUAUAAAGAUGAAAAUUAUAAAUUGCAACACAUGCCGUACCGAAAAGCUGGCAACCACCAAGAAAGAGUUCCAUGGAUCUCGCAUCAUCCAUUAGAUGUCAAAAGGGGAACAUUUAUUGGAGAAAUGUCUCGGCUCGCUACUCUCAGUACUACCUUAUCAGUGUACAAAGAUGCAAUACGAGGUUUAGUAGCCUUGUAUAUACGCAGAGGGUAUCCUGCCAAUCUAGUCAAUUCUUGGAUGAGAAAUAAUAUCCGCGAACGAUGGAAUAAUAGACUUCAUAUACAUAAGUCUAGUGAGCACGUGGACAUUCUAGUUCUCAAAACAGAAUUCAACUUAGCAUGGAACUACUUUAAUGCAAAUGAACUUUCUAAAACUAUUUUCGGAUAUUGGAAGACUUGGCUCAGCAAAGCUGACAAGAAAGAAUUCUCUUCAGAAUUCCCUGCACCCCCGGAAGAUGAUAAAUAUCAAAUCGUAGCGAUGCCUACAGAUUACCUGUAUGUAUCAAUGCGAGGAGAAGAAUAUUAUAUUCCGGAUAUUCGCAAACUCGAUAUCCUUAAUAGAAAAUUAAUUACAAGUCGUAAACGCACUCGUAAUUUAUUGGAUCUUGCGAGUCUUUGGAAAAAGACAGUUUUAGAAUCGAUGGAUACGCAAAUCUUGGAAGAAGAGUAUUAUAAUCCAUUAUUUAAUCCUACCCCUCCUGUCGAGGAGCGAAUGGAUGUAGAUAGUGACUUAAUGAAUUAUUCAGCUAACAGAAUACUCCAUCUUCGUGUAUCACCUGACCCCGUUUCUCGCGGGUGGCGGCAGGCUCAUUGGUAG